AUGGGAAAGGAAUACCCAAAAGGCUCUCUCUGGUUCCAUCAAAGAUUAAAAAAUGCAUUUAUUCGAAAUAAAGAAAUUGAAGAUGAGGAGAAAAUUAAAGAUUUAAUUAAAAGAGGGGAUUAUGUGGUUAAGGAAUUGGAAUCGUUAUAUCAAUUGAGGAAAUAUAGAGCACUCAAAAGUCGUUAUUAUGAUUGA